GUAAUGAAAGUAGUGCGACACUCAGCUGGAUUGAGGCGCUCUGUGUUAUACUAAAGAGGUUGCAGACCCUAUCUGAUACAGGUUAAAUAUCGCUUAAAAUGGCUAAAGGUUUAGUGAAGGCCAAAGAGUACGACUGGAAAGAUAGCAAUCUUGCUCUCUUCGGCUCUGAUAUCGAGAAAAACGUCAAGAGAGAAGCUGCAGGAACUGAAUUGGCUUGGCAAAGUGCUGGCAAGCGAUGUGGGUUACAAAUCUGGCGAAUUGAGCAAUUUAAGGUUAAAGCUUUGCAAAGAAAUGACUAUGGUAAAUUCUACAAUGGAGAUUCCUACAUCAUUCUUAAUACCUAUCAAAAGGAGGAAAGCGAUGAAUUUUUUUAUGAUGUCCAUUUUUGGAUUGGUAGUAACUCUUCUCAAGACGAGUAUGGCACAGCAGCCUACAAGACUGUGGAACUGGACAUCUAUCUGGGAGACAAACCUGUCCAACAUCGAGAAGUGAUGGGUCAUGAGUCCAAGCUGUUCAAAAGCUACUUUCCAACUCUACGAGUAUUGGAAGGAGGAGUAAAAUCUGGUUUCAAACAUGUACUGCCUCAGAACUAUGAAUCCCGCCUUCUUCGCGUAAGAGGAACAACAAUAAGAAACUGCAAGGUCGAACAAGUGCCGUUUACCAAACACUCUUUGGACUCAAAUGAUGUGUUCAUCCUUGACAAGGGUACAACUCUUUACCAGUGGAAUGGUAGGGGCUGUGAUAAAGAUGAAAAGUUCAAAGCUACCCAAGUCACGCAGGAAAUCAAGUCCGAGCGAAAUGGAAGAGUCAAGAUUGAAGUAUUUGAUGAAGAUGAAAUAUCUUCAGAGCAUGUCUUUUAUAAAUUUUUCCCCAACAAGACAGUAGAGCAGCAUACUGGUGAUUAUGAUAGCUUUGGAAAGGCUCUCUUCAGGCUCUCAGAUAAACAUGGCAGUUUGAGUCUUUCCCAGGUUAGCAAAGGCAGAAUUUCAAUGAGCAACUUCAACUCAAAUGAUGUGUUUCUUUUUGACACUGGCCAUGACCUGUUCGUUUGGAUUGGUGCCAAAGCAAGUGUUGACGAGAGAAGAAAAGCUCUUGAAUAUGGUCAUAACUACUUGAUCCAGACUGAUCAUCCUUGUGCUGCCAUAACUUGCAUCUCCGAAGGGGACCAUAAUGAAGACUUUGCCGAAGCUUUGGAUUAAAGCCACAAUGCAUUUCUGGUACAUCGCCCAGACUCAACGAUUUUGUAAUGCACAACCAACGCUUUCCUAUAAGAUAAUCCAGUCAUGAUCUAAUCAUUUAAAAAUAAACAAAUAUAUGCUUCAUACCUUUCUACAGCAGCAACAAAUAAUAUGAUUUUCUUUUAUUCUGAGAUGAUGUCUUGAAUUAUAUACUUGCAGUUUUUUCUCUUAACCAAGUCAUUAUGGGUAUAAUAAUUUAGGGAAAGAUAGUCCUAAAUAUUAUGUAUAUGUAUAUUAAUAUUGGGUUUCCUGCGUUAAGUAGACCAGGGGCUCUGAAAGGCACUUGAGUAGCUUUGUCAAGACAGUUUGUAGUAGCUAGUGAGUUUGAUGCUUUGGAUGCUUAAGGAAUUAAGAGCGUGAAAAAACCACAAUGUGUAGUUCCAAAAUUUAUCCAUACCCCCCUCAUGGGGGAAUUUUUUAAGACACACCCCCCUACCCCCUGGAAAUUCCAAUUUUCUUCCAUACAAACUCUAUAGUUUUUGUUCUUUCUCUGACCCCCCUACUCUUCUGAAUUUCCAAAUUCCUCUGUGGGGUGGGUAUAAAUGAUUUCUGGAACUACACAAUUAUUGGAAAUAGCUGUUUUGACAAAAGCUACCCAAGUGCCUUCCAGGGCCCCCAUUUUACUUAAACAAAAAACCCAAUAUUAAACUACAUACAUAACACUGCACAUGGCACUGUUUAAUAAAAUGUAUACAUUUGAAGAUUACACAGAGUAUGUAGUACAUGGUUUGCAAUCACUCCCAAGAGAAUAAGUUAAUAAGAGACAGGUCUGCCAUGUUGGUUGAUAUAUAAUGAAAGUGAGAGAAAAAAAUCUUGGUUAAAUCCAACCAACAUGCAAUGGUGGCUAUAGGGCUUUUAAAUUGUGACGUAAGUAUUUCCUGGUCCAAUCACACAAAAGAUCUCUAAUUUCUUGCCACAAAUAAGUCUUAUUUCCCAGGAUUUAUUCUCUACCUUCAACAAUUAGAUAUAUGAACAGAAAAUCCUGCUAUGAAGAAAAAAUCAGAAAAAUGUCUGUAGAAAUAAUCAUUAAUUUGGACCCAGAAGUCGUUUUUUGUUUGAAUUUCACACACUUAACAGCUCUAUAGAGAUGGGAAAUGAUGCCACAAGAAAGUCUGCUUUUUAGAUAAUUGAUAAUGAUGACAAGAGAGGUUUUGUACCACCUCUUGAUGCAGCCAUGUUAGAUGCCAGGAACAAUACAAUCAUUUUGCAAUAAGGAAGAAUUCAAUUCCCAAGAGCAAAGGGAUUUUAUUGUUCUGCUGUCUACCCACAGGCAACCCAAGCUGUAUUAUGGGCAUGGGCAAAUGAUGGUGCAAAACUUCUAACUAAUGCUAGCUGGAGAUAAUAAUAAUAUAUUUUAACUAAUACUACUAAUCUUGAUACUAAUACCUACUAACAUACUAACCUACUAACAUUACUAACAUUAUUAAUCAUAAUUUUGCUCAAAGGUAGUGCUAUAAUAGUAAUACUCCAUUUUACAGUUUUGUCCGAGUGACCACGAAUAAUAGUUGCAAGUCGAGGCUGCAGUUUCUGCGCAUAGCAAAACUAUACCUUUUAUCAUGUGCAGAAACUCCAGCCUCAGCUUGGAAUGGAACUGUAAGAUGGAGUAUUGUUGCACAGCACUGCUGGUAUUUGUCAUCAAUAUUCUAACAUAAUAAAUAACCUGGAAUUCAAGGCAUUGUCUUCAUAAGUUUCUAAGUUACUUGUGUGCUCCGACUAAAACCCCAAUAUUAAUCUGACAUGUACCUACAUUAAUUCUAUAAAUCUAUAGUAAAAUACAUGGUAAAUGAUUUCAGUCUGAGUUAAAAAUAACUACAUUUCACUAAAUAUUAAUUCAAACUCAAUGUAAAGCUAGGUGUCACUCCUGAUAUUUGAAGGAUGUGUUUUUGUAAUACAUGCUUAGAAUAGAUAUGAUUCAAUUUGUAUUAGAGUAGUAGAUGUGUGGUUUGCUCAAUACAGUCAUGGUUGUUCUCAAA